UUGCAGCUGACGAAUAAAAAAAAGAAAAAAAAAAUCAAUUUUAAAAAAUUGCACUGAUGUCGUCGUCUACGUCGACGGUACGUCCGGUGAGUGGAACAGGAGGAGGAAUACCGGAGAAGGCGGCAGCAGCUCUGGUAAAUUCCUUCCGUUUGGCAUCGGUGACGCAACGGCUAGCUUUCCACAUACAAGGAGGAAGCAAGAGCGACGUCAAAGAGUUCCAAAUCUGCUGCAUCUCUCUCGCCAAAGGAGUUGAUUUUGCGAUAGCUACUAAUGAAAUCCCGAAAGAGGUUGAAAACCUUCCAUCCUUGCUUAAACAGGUGUGCCGACAUAGAAAUGAUGUAUACACUAAGACUGCUGUUAUGGUUCUCAUGAUCUCUAUCAAGCAUGCUUGUAAACUGGGGUGGUUUUCGGAUAGCGAGGGUCAAGAACUUAUCGCUCUUACUGAUCAGAUGAAGAAUGGUUUUGGGAGUCCUGAAAACAUGAGCCUUUUUAUUCAAAGUCCUGGUGGUACAUUAUCGCUGAUCAUGGAGAGGUUCUAUCCAUUUGUGAAGCUUGGCCAUGUUCUUGUUUCUCUUGAAGUGAAGGCUGGCUAUACAAUGCUUGCACAUGAUUUCCAUAUCUCGAAGAAUAUGCCGCAUUCUCCUCAAGAGAGAAUUCGGCUAUUUGUCGUCCAGACAGACAACAUAAACACGUCUGCUUGUAUUAUAAAUCCUCAAGAAGUCAGCUUCAUGUUAAAUGGAAAGGUGGUCGACAAGAGAGUUAACAUCUCAAUGGAUUCCGGGCCUCAACUCCCAACAAAUGUUACUGCCAUCCUGAAAUAUGGAACAAACCUCUUACAAGUUAUGGGAAAUUCCAAGUGCCAUUACAUCGUUGUAAUCGCUUUUACGGGAUUGGCAUUGCUACCUGAAAAACCAGUUCUUAAAGAGUACAUUCAGUCGGUAGCUGUAGAGUCAAGUCCAGAUUCUGACAUCAUCGAAGGGCCAUCACGUGUAUCUCUCAGAUGUCCUAUAAGUCGCAGCCGGAUCAAGCUUCCAGUCAAGGGCCAGUUGUGUAAACAUCUUCAGUGUUUUGAUUUCUGGAAUUAUGUCAACAUAAACAUGAGAAAACCAUCCUGGCGCUGUCCUCAUUGCAAUCAACCUGUUUCCUACCCAGAGAUCCGUUUAGAUCAAAACAUGGCCAAGGCAAGUAUCUCUCUUUGCUGUGAUGUGCUUACUACUGCUACAUUAUUGCAUAUGCAUCUUAUAAUAGAUAUAACUCGUCCCAUAUCAUGUGCUCAGAUAUUAAAAGAUGCGGGGCAAAAUGCUGCUGAUGUAAUCAUCCAUGCUGGUGGCACAUGGAAUGUUUCAAGGGAAAACAAUUUGAACGAGGAACCUGUUCGUGAUGCAAUAAUCCAUGAUCUUGAAGACCCAAAUAGCUUGUUAAAUGCCGGUCCAGUUGUCUUGGACCUUACUGGGGAUGAUGAGAAUGAUUCUGAUAUUGAACUAUUUGGUAACACCGAUAAGGUUGUGGACCAGAAACCCCACUUGUCAGAUGCUCAUGGUCAAUCUAGUAACAACAACGCAAGCAAAGAUCCUUCAGCUGAAGAUUACUCCUCUAUGUUUAACUUCUCUGAUCUGAUAUCACUUGACCAGGUGAUGCUAGAUCACAUGAGUACUGGAACUGGUCAAGAUCCAACACCUGUACCACAGGCACCGUCUCCAAGAGAGAGACCAGCAACUACUUCCACCGUCUUUCCAUCUCCCCAAUUCUCUCAGGCUCAUGCUUCACCUGUUACUCCCGCCGGAACAUAUGUUAGAAGAACUCCUACUCAGACACCGUCAAUGACAACUUCAUCACAGAGCCGGAGGCACCCAGUUCAAGUUACGAGCCAGUCUCCUGGGAAUGUCUCAUCUUUGGCUCAGUCUACUCAUAUCCCUAGAGUACAUCCUUCCCAGCCUAAUAACAGCUAUUUCGUGCGAAGUCUAAACAGUAACCAUUUAACCGCUCAGACGCAGCGCCCGAGUAGUCCCCCUGUUCAAUUCGUGUCCCGAACCAGUGACCUAAUGGAUGUGGACCCGGCUAUUCCUGAUACAACCAACUGGCGUCCAAGGAUGCGAGGCAGUAUCACGCCCGGUUCAUAUUCCCCUGCUCUUGACCAGAUGAUCAUUCGACCUACCCAACAGUCUCUGACUAGGCUUCACGGCUCACAACCGGCGCAGACACCACCGGUUCAAACAUCUCAGACUCGGCCGCCUCUUUCAACCGCCCCUCCGGCCUUCACGAGGCCUUCUGGACCGACAGCACCAUGAAGAACUUGAUGGGCUAGAACAAGGGAAGGUUGGUGCUUAGGAUAGACAACUCUUAUCAUAACGAGCUUUUGUAACUUAUCACUCUGCGCAUUGCAUGGACUUGUUUUUUGGUUAGGGGUAUUUAGUUUUAUCCUAUCUUGUUAUUAUGAAGGACAAAGUAUCGUUGGCAGUACUGUUGUUUUCACACAACGAUCCCAUAAAUGGCGAAUCGUAGGAGCAGUGUUUAUUAUUCAAAUAGCUUCC